CAUGCAAGCAGAAAACAUCAUCAUUUUACAGCAACAUAACAUACGGCUGGUGUACAAGCCUGUGUAUUUUAGGCUACCGCAAGGCGCUCGAGAACAAGGACUUGUGGGACCUGAACACGGAGGACACCUGCCAGCGCCUGGUGCCCGAGUUCGAAGCCAAGUGGAACAAGGAGAUAAUGAAACUAAAAAGGUCGAAGGCGGUGAGGCGGGCGGAGCAGGAGGCGGGACUGGAGCAGAGCCCCGCGUACACUCCCUCCGUGUUCAUGACGCUCGUGCGCGCCUACGGCCCCCUGGUGGCGUACGCGUCGGUGCUGAAGAUCUUCAGCGACCUGAUGCAGUUCAUUGCGCCGCAGCUUCUCAAGUACCUGAUCGCGUUCACCAGCAACCCGGCGGAGCCGCUGUGGCGUGGCCUCUUCUACACGGUGCUGAUGUUUGCGUCGGGCUGCGUGCAGAGCAUCCUCACGCAGCUGAACUACACGACGAUGCUGCAGGUCGGCCUGCGCAUACGCUCGGCUCUCACCAGCAUCAUCUACAAGAAGGCGUUAACGAUGUCGAACGCCGCCAAGAAAUCGUCGACGGCGGGCGAGAUCGUCAACCUGAUGUCCGUUGACGCUCAGCGACUGAUGGACCUGAUGAACUACGUCUGCAUGCUGUGGUCGGCACCCAUCCAGAUUGCGCUAGCGCUGUAUUUCCUAUGGCAGGAGCUAGGUGUCUCUGUGCUAGCUGGGCUCGCAGUCAUGCUGCUUCUCAUCCCAAUUAAUGGGGUCCUUGCUGCUUUCACCCGAAAAUUCCAGACACGUCAGCUGAAGUUAAAAGAUCAACGAAUAAAGCUGGUCAAUGAGGUCUUGAAUGGAAUGAAGACGCGGUUGCUGACGACCAACGCCAUCUCAUUCCUGCCGCAAGUCGACCAGAUCGUCGUCAUGAUCGCCGGCCGCAUCUCCGAGGUGGGCACCUACAAGCAGCUGCUCUACAACAACGGAGCGUUCGCCGAGUUUCUGCGCAGCUACCUCACCAACCCGGACAAUGAGGAUGCGAUCAGCGACUCCGAAGUCGAUCAUGAGGUUGUUGGAGAAAUACUGGCUCAGGUUGCACCAGAUUACACAAGGUACGUGUGGAGCAGUUUGCAAGUGCAAGCGCAUUACUCAUACUCUCGUGCUGUCUAUGUAGAGUGUAGUCCAACAGCCGUGUGGCUCACCAUCUGCGUGGCGCUAAUGUCGUUUCUGGCGUACGUGCUGUCAAACCCGUCGCACGUUCUCACAGCCGACAAGGCUUUCGUGUCCCUGUCGCUCUUCAACAUUAUGCGCAUCCCUCUGGCUGCCCUGCCUAUUGUCGUAAUGUUAACAGUGCAGCCACUGCAUCAGCACCGCAACGCAGCAGGCACCACCUGCACAUUCGCCCGGCCGGCGCGAGACACUGUCACCCAAAACCGCUCGAUGAAUCGUCACUGUCAGGGCCCUGCGAAGACACUGUCACCCAACAUUAAUCCCAUGCCUACCCCGGUGGCAGCGCUGGCCGGAGCGAUCGCACUCGCGUAUGGAGCCGUGCGAGCCUCGCGCUUCCUGCACCACAACUGCCUGCUCAGCCUCAUGCGCUCGCCUAUGACCUUCUUCGACACAACGCCGCUCGGACGCAUCGUUAACAGAAUGGCUAAAGAUGUAGACAUUAUAGACAACACUCUACCGAUGAACUUCAGCCAGUUUUUGAGCAUAUUCUUCUCUGUGAUGGGCGCUAUUAUUAUCAUUGUCAUCUCCACCUGGUACUUCAUCUUUGUGGCGAUUCCACUGGGAGUGUUAUACUUCUUCAUACAGCGAUUCUACAUCGCGACGACGCGCCAACUGAAGCGCUUAGAAUCUGUCAGCCGCUCACCCAUUUACACCCACUUCUCCGAAACAGUGACAGGUGCAAGCACUAUCCGAGCCUACAGGGUACAAGACACAUUUAUGUCUGAAAAUGAGAACCGCGUGGAUAUAAAUCAAAUGUCGUAUUUCCCAAAUGUCAUGUCAAACAGGUGGCUUGGGGUGCGGCUGGAGUUCUUGGGAAACUUGGUCGUUGUAUUCGCCGCGCUGUUUGCUGUCAUCAGCAAGGCGACCGGCAGCAUCUCGGCCGGCGUCGUCGGUCUGUCUGUGUCCUACGCGAUGACCAUCACGCAAAGUUUGAGUAUGUUGAUACGCGUGGCUAGUGACGUUGAGACAAAUAUUGUAGCUGUCGAGAGAGUCGCCGAAUACUCGAAAACACCGCAGGAGGCUCCGUGGUCUUCGGGUGACACUCCCGGCCUGACGCCGCCGCCGGAAUACUGGCCAUCAGAGGGUGACGUCGUUUUCCAGGACUACUCCCUCAGAUACAGAACAGGUCUGCCACUCGUGCUGAAGAAAGUCACAUGCCACAUCAGUGGGCAGGAGAAGAUUGGGAUAUGUGGAAGAACGGGAGCUGGCAAGAGUUCGCUAACACUGGCUCUGUUCAGGUUAAUCGAGGCGUCUGCUGGAGAAAUCCUUAUAGAUGGGCGCAACGUUGCUCAGAUGGGGCUGCACGAGCUGCGCUCCAAGCUCACCAUCAUCCCGCAGGACCCCGUCCUGUUCUCGGGCGACCUCCGCAUGAACCUCGACCCGUUCGGCUGGUACACCGACGACGCCAUCUGGCUGGCGCUCGAACACGCACAUCUGAAGACAUUUGUCGCCUCGUUGCCGGAGGGACUCGCGCACGAGGUGAGCGAGGGCGGAGAGAACCUGAGCGUCGGGCAGCGCCAGCUGGUGUGCCUCGCGCGCGCGCUGCUGCGCAAGACGAAGGUGCUCAUCCUGGACGAAGCCACGGCCGCCAUCGACCUUGAGACGGACGACCUCAUCCAGGAGACGAUCCGGCGGGAGUUUGCCGACUGCACUGUGCUCACGAUCGCUCACAGACUCAACACGAUCAUGGACAGCUCCAGAGUUAUGGUGUUAGACCAGGGAGUAAUUGCAGAAUUUGACUCGCCCGAAAAUCUUCUGGCAAAUCCGGACAGCAUCUUUUAUAGUCUAGCAAAAGAAGCAGGGAUUCACGGCCUAUCUCAGAAUGGGUAAAUCCAUGUUACUAUUGGUUCCUAGUAUAUAUUCCUAGUAUAUCAUGGGCCCCACCCAUUACCCACCGAAAAGCGAUUAUUCUUACAACAAUAUUUUCUUAACGUUAUAAAUAAUGAGACAAGAAUAUUAGGCAUUAUAUAGUUGAUUUUGUGAUGAAAAAAUAAUGGUGAACAAAAUCGCAUGUUUUGAUCUACAUUAUACUCUCAAUUAAAGAGCUUCCUGCAAGCUGUGAUUGAAACGUUAUGAAAUUGUAUUAUACAUUGACACUACCAGUAACUGUGAUGAAUUUAGAUAUAUAUAUAUAUAUAUAUACACAUAUAAGAAAAUUUGAUCGAGCUAGAGUUUGCUCACAUAAAACUAUGAAAUAUGUCAAUAAGUAAUAAGAUUGCCUUCAUAUGUUGGCUCAACUAUGACCGAUUGUAAUACUACCACAUCACAAGGUGCACCAAAGGUGUAAAAGCAUUAGGAUGUGACGAUUGAGUGUGGGAUGCACACCUAGUAUUUUAUAAGCAAUACCGUUUGUUAUCUAAAUAAAAGGUGUAAGAAUUGUGUUUCUACAACAAGUUAUGUUGGACACAAUCAGAUAUUAAGAAAUGUGGAAAUUAUAAACGUGUGAUAAUUCUUUUAUACAACUUUAAAAAUUGCAGAUUAGUUGCAAACUAAAGUUUAAUGUGGUUGUGCGUGCUCUUUACAUAUACAAUGUAGGCUCGAUUAUAUGCCCUUCUGUUAUCCAAUGUUCUUUUUUAUCUGACAAUAGUCAAUCUGCGUGCUAUAUGUGUAUUGUACAGUGUUGUACGUACCAGUACUGUGUACGCACGCAUAAUAUUUUGCCCAAUCCCAUUCAGCUUUGUCUGUCAGUGUGUUGCAUACAGCCAGUGAUCUACUUCUGUUUAAUUUGUGAUUGCAUAUUUAUGUUGUACUUCCAUAUAAUCUGUGAUUUGAUUCACCCCCACCAAUUUCUGCAUCAUCCGAUCGAUAGCUUCAAUCUAAUUUAGGUCGCAUCAUCAAGAUUCAGCUAUAUAUAUAUAUAUAUAUGCAUAAUGAUCCAAAAUAUAUUAGAAGUGACAUGACCUGAUAUCUCCUCUAUGAUUAAAUAUACAUUCCAAUUCGACAGAAAAUAAAGGGUUUGUUCAGUGGUGAUUGCAAAUAAGUGCUAUAUUUUUAUGUUUCUUAUUAAAAUUAAAAUUAAUUUGUUAGCAAAUUUUUGUAUGCAUGGUAUUUGUGAUUGCAUAUUUAUGUUGUACUUCCAUAUAAUCUGUGAUUUGAUUCACCCCCACCAAUUUCUGCAUCAUCUGAUCGAUAGCUUCAUUCUAAUUUAGGUUGCAUGAUCAAGAUUCAGCUAUAUAUAUAUAUAUAUAUAUAUAUGCACAAUGAUCCAAAAUAUAUUAGAAGUGACAUGAUUUAGAUUUUUUAGAUUUAGAUUUUAGAUUUCCUGACCUGAUAUCUCCUCUAUGAUUAAAUAUACAUUCCAAUUCGACUGAAAAUAAAGGGUUUGUUCAGUGGUGAUUGCAAAUAAGUGCUAUAUUUUUAUGUUUCUUAUUAAAAUUAAAAUGAAUUUGUUAGCAAAUUUUUGUAUGCAUGGUAUUUGUAAGUAAUGAAAAUAAAGUGUAUUUUGAUUAGCAUGUUGGUAAUAACUAAUAAAAUCAUACACAUGUAUGUUGAAAUGUGUCAUUGUUACAUAAUA